GCCAAUUAUCUUCACUCCAAAAUAAAUCCACCACCACCACACCCUCUCUCCCUCUCUCUAUGGCUCUCACCGGCACCGGCGGCCGUAUCCUCUGCAACGCCGCCAUUCGCACGCCGUACUCCCACCUUCUCCGCCGCUCAUCUCCGCCGUGGCCACGAAGCUCCAAUUCCAAACUGUGGGCGACUCCCAAGAAGCUCUCUUCGCGGACCGGGAAAUUCGACGGCAAGAACCGCCGGAGCAGUCCCCUUCCGACAGAGGAACAAGAUGCGACGGCGGUAGAAGCCACUGAGAUUUCCUCCGGCGAGGGUGAUUUCGUAAUGCCGGAGCUCCCCGGAGAGAACCCCGAUUUCUGGGAAGGCCCUCAGUGGGACGCUUUUGGAUUCUUCAUUCAAUACCUUUGGGCUUUCGGAAUCGUCUUUGCGUUAAUCGCCUGCGGUAUUGCUGUGGCUACAUACAACGAAGGAGCAACGGAUUUCAAGGAAACUCCUGUAUACAAGGAAGCAAUUCAAUCUCGGGAUCUUCUAGAAGGGCCAGAAGCAUCCGACUCGGAUGUGUUCGAGUCAAAUCCAACCGAGGAAGCGCCUAGCUUGGAGUAGUAACGACCGGAUGCUUGAUUCUCGAGUCGUGAGAAAGCGUACGAUCAAGUUAAGUUAAGCCCACAAAUGCUUUAUCGCAAUAGUAAAUAGUUGGACUUACAUUUCGAGCUUUCUCGCAAGUAUAUUUUUAUAUUUAUUUGGUGGAGUCUAUGGUUUUUCGUGUUCUGGGUAGUUGUAAAAGUUUGAGACGUAAUGAAUGGGGUUUCGGUAAAUCACGAGUAAAGCUUCUAAGCAUGGA